CAGCAGAGGGACAAGCAGCAGAGGCACAAGCACAAGAACAGCAGAAGCUGCAGAAAUAGCUGCCGGAGCAGUGCUUCUUCUUCCUUCCAUCAUGUUGGAGAAACGUUCCCGCUCAUCGCGGCUCUCUCGAACAAUUUCUUUAUAUAUUCCAAAUUUCAAGCAAACCCCCGAUUCUAAGAAGCCUCAAGCAACCCUCAAGAAGGCUCCACCGCCGAAUCUCGACCUUACACCUCCUCAGCGAGAUGCCCCUCCACCAUCGCGAUUGCCUCCGCCGGCUCCUACCUCCCCUCCACUUCAACCAAUAUCGUCAGGAAGGCUGCAAAAGCCCCAAUCUCCCUCUCAAAAACUCGUAGUAUCAACAAACACAAUUCCAAUACCACCUUUGCACCCGCCUUCCGAGCAAAGGCGUUCUAGAAGAUCUUCAUCUUCCUUGCUCUCCGCAGUUGGGCCUGGUGUACAGCAUAAUAGAUCCGUUUCCUCCCCGCUCAACGCACGCCCGCAAACGUCGAAUGGAGAGUUGACGUUCUCGAAGAGAAGUAGUUGGAUGAAUCUAGGGCGACGUUCGCAGCAUUCUUCGACGGAGGAUUUGAAUUCGUCAACGUCCGAUGCUUGGGUCAAUGCUGGCAGCCACAAGAUUGACUACAAUUUGUCUCUACUGCUCAAUGGCGAAAAGGUAAGUUACGACAAAGCUAUCGAAUCGGAGGGGGACUUACAAGAUGCAGGUACCUGAAUUGUGGGACGAAUCAGCAGACACCUUCAUUUACCUCUUUCCCGAAGCCACUGGACGAGGCCCCUCCUUCAAAAUCCCUUCGAUGGUUCUGUCCUCGUCCUUUGUUUUGAUGGACUACAUUACUGCCGAGGCAACAACAAACCGAUCGCGCGGCAGGGCUUCUGAUGAAAACUCUAGGGUUUCAAGUGAGGACGCAGUACGAAAGCUCUCACUACAUGGUUCCAUACAUGGCCAGGGGGUUGAAGCGGGGUCCAGCACAGGUUUGGGCACACCACCAUACACCCCCAAAACCAGCGCGAGGGAUUCUCCAUCUAGUCGGUCGGAUUCUGAUGGGAUCGGUGAGACUUUGGGAUCUUUAAAUGGGCUACCAUAUAUUCCACGAGAAAUACAUCUUUAUUUUCCAACCGGGCUUACGUCAGACGGAAUCGAACUCUCGCCGCAAGAAAUUCAGAUAUUGGUGGAAAUCCGUAACCUCUUCGCAUUUUUGAUUGGCCAGCCCUUGGUUGGGACCCCUGCAUGCCCAUCUGUCUUUCGAAUAUUCAUCUCUAUUGGUUCCUUGCUUCAGAAAUACGACUUCACGAAUUUCGAUGGUUCCACGUUUGGAGAGGCCGCUGCAGCCAGUUUCGACUUUUGUUUGGAUGACAUGAGAUUAGCAGAUGUGAGAACAAGUAGUGAAAAAACACUUGAAGGUAUCAUAUUGGGAGAAAGUAUGCGAUGCGCAAGCCUCUAUACCGAGUCUUUUACCCACGCUGUCGGAAAAUAUACGUCUGUAAAAGAAAAGAGAUUACCGCUCUUUGAUGAGAUUUCUCCAGCAACUCUCGCUGGCUUGGAGCGAUCCUCACUCGAUUUAGUCGGUCGACAAAGUUCAGUAGACCAACGUCUGAUUGAUUUUGAGUUUCCUUCGGUAUUUGCAGGAUUGGCAGCGUCAACAACCUCGGCAGAAUCGAAAAUUGUGCACUUUAAGGCGUGGAAAAAUAACUUCAUGUCGAUGCGGAAAUUCGUCCACUCAUACUCCAAAGAACUUCACGGACAAUGGCCACCCAAGGCUGGCAGUAAAAAGAAUUCUUUCGUCGUCGGUGGACUCAACCGGCUAGUACUUAAAGGUCUAUAUGCCGACCUGUGUAGCUUGUAUGAUCUCAAGGCCAAUCGGACUCAAUUAACUACAAGAUCUAUCGAUUCAUCCAACGACGAAGAAGUCCAGGAUGGGGGUCCUGAAGAUGCUGCAUUACGCCUCCUUCUCAGCGAGUUUGAUCGAUCGUCCCCACCAGUGGCACCGCCAAUUCCAUACGAUGUACCAUUAGUGCCCUCCAUUUCAACCGUUGAACCUCGAAUGCACCAAAAAUCUGAGAAGCAGCAAAACAAGUUGAAAACACGAAGGCUUAAAGAGUACGAAACUACACUCAUACUGACCAAAGCACGGAACGUUGAUUCAGAACAUGACACGCCAUUCUUGAAUGCCUAUAGAAAGUUUGAAGCGAAGGAAUCCAAGGGAAGGAAUUCAGUGGAGCUCAUGGAUCAAACCUACGGCCAUUGGGUGUUUAUAUAUGUUGUUCUCCAGUCACUUCCUCUGCUCGUCGUGGACGUUUCUGGUUUGCGGUACACAGAAGGCGUCGAGUACUUCCUCUGUGAGGCACCAUCAAGCGGUCUACCAUGGCUUGAAGAAGCUCCAAAAACUGCAUGGUAUGGUGUCCAGGGAGGAUCGCAAGUUGUCGCACUUCCUAGCUAUCUUGUAGAAAACGGUAUCGAGGCGGUCUAUCGUCGGUCUCAUUGCUGGACCGUGGCAGAGAAAUGGAUUGGAAACGCAAACGGCGAUGAGCCGGAGGACAACUAUCUUGAGCCACAACUAUCUCCACUGGCACCACCACCCGGUUUCGGAGAUGGGUUUGGAACCAGGCCCACGUCAAGAGGGCGUGAUGGAAGCAGCGAACUUUCUGUCCCUGGUAGCCGAGAUCGCAGUUCGAAUUCAAAACGCCAAAGUAUUGCACUUGGUUUGGAAAGACUUCCUAUUCCAGCAGGCCAAGGUUGGAGCCCGGUUGGAAGUCGAGCAUCAAGUCCUGCCACACACAGUCGUCGUGUUUCGAGUAUUCCUGGACCUCCACCGGCUGCCACUUCUGGUGCUACUUUCGAUCAGAUUCUUGGCACCAUGAGCUCAGAUUCAGUCGACUCAAAAAAGACCAAGGGAAAGAAGUAGAAUGUAUAUACGGGAAGACGUAUGGAAUUUUUGGCAUCGCUUGGAUCCGAUGAAGGAUACUGGCAGGAGUAUAGGAGAGAAAGAAAAAACGUGCAUGGAUACCUUGAAAUUUUCUUUGCGAGAGAACAGGCAUAGCAAAAGGAGUUGAAUGUUUGGUUUUUCCUGAUUUUAUUUUCUUUCUGGGACCCAUUUUGGUGCGAGCAUUUUCGGGGUUCUUUCAAGGUUUUCAUCUGGGGUGGGAUGUUGCACAAAAGAAAAGCUUUUUCAUCUGAGCGAAGAGCUGACGAUGAUGUAAAGUCUCUUCUUUUUUCCCUCUUCUUGGGAUCAACAUAGACUGUCGUAUGUUAGUACUGUCGUAUGUUGGUAGAACUUAAUAAUAUGUGGGGAUGUAAGCUCCCCAAGGGUGAGAUAUUACCCACGACGAAUCAAAAAGAUUAUAUAAGAUUUGCACUUGAGCUGCCUCGGAAGUGAAGAUUUGAUGAUGUCUGUACCUGGGGGGGGGGG